CCCGCCUCACCGCCGCCCUCAGCAGCCCGCAGCCAGCCCUGGCCCAUCAGCGCCCUGGCCGGCUGGAGCCGUGCCUGCUCCCUGCGCUCCAGCGGCAGCCCCGGCUCCGUGGGCGCCGAGCUGGAGAUCAGCCAGUCCCCCACGCUGCCCUUCCUGAGCCCACACCGCGCCACCCACGGGCCCAGCAAGCUGUGCCCAAAGCCCCCGUGUGCACCCAGGGGCCGCCAGGAGCCGGAGGAGGUGAGCUGGCCCUCCUCUGCGGAGCCCCUGGACCCCGACCGGCUGCACCCUGGCCCAGGGCACCCCGAGGUGGCCCUGGCUUCCGUCUCAUCCAACUCCACCGUACCUCCAGAUGGGGGCUCCCAGGGCUCGUUAGAGAGGACUGGGGAGUGUCGGGAUCCCCCAUCGCUCCUCUCAGCCAGCUUGGACCCCACGGAAAAUCCUUGCCCUGGCGAAGAUCACACAACCCUCCGGAGUCCUGAAGAUGCCACCAGGACCAAUGCCCAGCCCUGCCCAGCAGCCGCCUCCUUCCCCCCAGCCCCACCUCCUACUCCUGCCCCAUGGCCUUCUGAUCCCCAAGCCUCCUCAGCCUCCUUCCCUCCGGCCUCUUCCUCCUCAGCCUCCUUCCCUCCGACCUCUUCCUCGGCCAACUUUCCUCCAGCCUCUUCCUCAGCCUCCUUCCCUCCACCCUCCUCCUCUGCAAACUUUCCUCCAGCCUCCUCUUCCUCAACCACCGUCCCUCUGGCCUCCUCUUCCCCGGCCUCCUUCCCUCCGGCCUCCUCCUCCUGGGCCUCCUUCCCGCCAGUGUCUUCCUCUUCAGCCUUCCACGCAGACACGACAGGACAAAAGUUCUACAACUUCGUGAUUCUGCACACCAGAGCGGACGAGCACGUAGCCCUGCGUGUCCGGGAGCGGCUGGAGGCCCUCGGGGUGCCCGAGGGGGCCACGUUCUGUGAGGAUUUCCAGGUGCCUGGCCGCGGCGAGCUGCGCUGCCUCCAGGACGCCAUCGACCACUCCGGCUUCAUCAUCCUGCUGCUCACGGCCGCCUUCGACAGCCAGCUGGGGCUGCACCAGCUGAACCAGGCGCUCAUGAGCAGCCUCACGCAGCUGGGCCGCCAGGACUGCGUGGUCCCCUUCCUGCCCAUCGAGAGCUCCGAGGCACAGCUGGGCCCCGACACCAGCAGCCUGCUGGCCGGCCUGGUGCGGCUGGACGAGCGCUCCGCCAUCUUCGCCAGGAAGGUGGCCAACACCUUCGCCCCGCGGCGGCUGCUAGCGCGCCGCGCGCACUGGGCCCAGGAGCAGCAGGCCCGGGCCCUGCGCCAGCAGCGCCCGCAGCUCCAAGGCCACGCCACCUACCCCACGGCCAGCCUGGGGGCCUGGGGCGCCUCCCAGCCCCAGAUCCACGCGCUCCAGGAGGCUUUGGGGAGCGGCCUGGUGCUGGGGACUCAGACAAGUCAGCCCCUUCGAGUGCCUUUGGGGGGCCAGGUGCCCCCCUUUUCUACCUGGCCAGGCUGUCCACAGACACCGUCAUACGCCUGGCAGGCUGGCACCCCCCCACCGGCCUCCCCACAGCCCCCUUCCUUUCCUCAGCCCCCCACUUCUCCGCCAACGCCCACAGUGCCUCCACAGACCCCCGGACCACAGCCUCUCAUUAUCCAGCACGCUCAGAUGGUGCAGCUGGGGCUCAACAACCACAUGUGGAACCAGAGGGGGGCCCCAGCACCCCAAGAUCACACGUCACCCCAAGAAGCCGACAGACCAAACGGCCACGACUGAUCAGGCCGGGGCCUGGGAGUCUGCCCUGCAUUCCAGCCACACACACACACACUGGCAGAGGAAAACGCUACCCAGCGUGCGGUGCCUGUUUACCCGGAGCAACUUGGAUAUUUUAUUGUAAUAAAUAUUUAUUGAGGGUUUC